UCUUCCCCGUAUUGUAGCCUGUGCCAACAGCAACCAAAGAACACACACAGAACGGCACGAAUAUUUAAAAAAUAAACCCUAGAAAUGAGUCAUAUAGCGAGGCACGUCUCGAAUAUCUUCGGACGCCCGAGUCUCGCCCAACUCGAGCUUCAGCAAUUGCGAGGGAUUCGAGUGAAGGUUCUGAAUGGAAACCUCGAAUCUGCGCUGAUCGUAAUGCAGCGAAAGAUGCAAUCGAGCGGAAUCGAACGGCUGAUAAAGCGGGAGCAGACUCACCACAUCAAGAACUCCGAGAAGCGGGUCUUGGCCCGUAAAAAUCUGGAGCGCAGAAUCCAAUCCCAGGAACUCGCUCGCAAGCUCAAGGCCAUUCUCAUCAAGAAAGUCAGGGGUCUAUGACACUUUGAAGGAAUGGUUUGGUUGAUGGAUGUCACUGAAAGGGAACUCUUUUCGCUGUUAGUUUGCACUUUUGUUUCAUCUUCCUCUGGAAUUUUGUGGGUUGUGCUACCAGCUUACUCAGCAACCAUGCCUCUGUGAUACAUGCAACCUGAUGCAGAAGCAGUUUAUUUGCCCAUUCAUUCGAAUGCCAUACAGAUUUUACUGCAAUAUCACAGAAAAUUUGAGAAACAUUUCAGUGAUGUUAUCGCAUCUCUGGAUCAAUAAUUGCAGUACAUUUCCUAAGAAGCUGUUUCCCUUGUAGGAUCAGAAUUUGCUGUAUGAUUUGAUAAUUUAAAGCAAAAAAAGGGAAAAAAAAAUGACAAGGAUAUGUGCUUGUCAGGAUGGACACACUCUCAACCCCAGAAAAGGUGUUUAUAUGAAAUCAUGGAGGUUACCAUAAGUAUGCUUUGAGAAUUUAGAAGGAUACAUGUUGAUGAGAAUUGUUGCA